UGAUAAUCAGGAAGUUAUUUAAAGACGACAGCUACACGCUUACUUGUUUGGGUGCUAUACAGUGCCAAGAAGGCAGAAGCUGUGGAGGAACUGGAUCAUACCGUGUGUUUUGGCGUCUACACGAAACCAAAAUGUACAUAUGUGUCCGAACAUGGAUUCUCCUCCUGGUUCUCUACACACUGACACCCGCUGCUGUCGCGAGAAGAGAGAGGAUAAAUGUCCUCCUCGUCAUGGCAGAUGAUUUGCGGACAUCACUGGGCUGCUACGGAGACUCUGUGGUAAAAUCACCAAACAUUGAUCAACUGGCGUCCAAAAGCCAAGUUUUUCUCAAUGCAUAUGCACAGCAAGCUGUGUGCGCUCCGAGUCGUACGUCCAUGUUAACCAGUCGCAGACCAGAUACAACCAGGCUCUAUGACUUCAACUCCUACUGGAGAGUCCAUUCAGGAAACUACACCACUCUUCCACAGUACUUUAAAUCCAGAGGGUACUACACCAUGUCUGUGGGCAAGGUAUUUCAUCCAGGUAUCGCUUCUAACCACUCUGAUGACUACCCAUACAGCUGGUCCAUCCCUGCCUACCACCCGGCUUCAUUUCAAUUUGAAAAACAAAAGAUGUGUAAAGGAGAGGAUGGUAAACUCCACGCCAACUUACUGUGUGCAGUGAAUGUGACAGAGCAGCCUGGGGGAACCCUCCCUGACAUGGAGAGCACAGACGAGGCAGUGAGGUUACUGAAGAGUCGCGCCAACGAUGAUGUUCCUUUCUUCCUAGCUGUGGGCUUUCACAAACCACACAUACCCUUCAGGAUACCACAGGAGUACCUGAGCCUGUAUCCCAUAGAACAAAUGACCCUGGCCCCUGACCCUGAUGUCCCCAGAUCUCUUCCUCCUGUGGCCUACAACCCAUGGAUGGACGUGAGAAGGAGAGAUGAUGUCCAAAAAUUAAACAUCAGCUUUCCUUAUGGACCAAUUCCUAAAGACUUCCAGCUGCGAAUCCGUCAGCACUACUACGCUGCUGUGUCCUAUAUGGACGCUCAGGUUGGGAGGCUGCUCAGUGCUCUUGACAAGCUCGGGCUGGCUGACAGCACUAUGGUGGUGUUCACCUCAGAUCAUGGCUGGUCAUUAGGAGAACACGGUGAAUGGGCAAAAUACUCUAAUUUUGAUGUGACAACACGUGUCCCUCUCAUCUUUUAUGUUCCUGGCGUCACCACCUUCCUUGAUUGGCCGGGAGAGUCUGUGUUCCCCUUUAUUGAUGUCCUAACUCAAUCAGAGUACAGCUUUAAGAAUGACAAGGUUAUAAGGAAUAUGGUGGAGUUGGUGGAUGUUUUUCCUACAGUCUCCUACAUGGCCGGUCUCAGAGCACCUGAACCGUGUGCUGAUGUUUCUUUCCAGGAGGAGCUGUGUACAGAAGGAGACAACCUGGCCCACACUUUCCAACAUGCAGAAAGAAGAGAGGACGAGGAAGCAAUAUCUUUUAGCCAGUACCCUCGACCUGCUGAUACUCCACAGGUGAACUCUGACCUGCCUGACCUUAAAGACAUAAAGGUCAUGGGUUACUCUCUACGCUCCUGGGACUACAGAUACACACUCUGGCUGGGAUUUAACCCUGAGACGUUUCAGGUGAAUGUAUCAGAUGUCCAUGCUGGAGAGUUGUACAUGUUGGCAGACGACCCCAGGCAGGACAACAAUGUCUACAGUGACUCUGACCACAGUGUGAUGAUGAAGAAGAUGGCCAGCCUGCCUCAUCAGGUGAGCCUCUAUGCGGAGCCAGUGCAGUCCCUGCCUGAUGUAUCGGACCAGCUCAGUCAUGCUGCUCUGCUGACUCAGCGGCUCCAUCACAGAGUCCAGCUCCUGGAAGAAAUCUACAGGAGGGCGAGGGAGAGACACAGUUACUGAGGCAUCAAGAGAAAAGUCAGCUCCACGUAACAAUGCGGAACAAAAAACAAAGGAAAGAAACGUAUCAUUAAUAGUACGUAUAAACUAUAUUACAGACCAUCUCGUCUUCAGAGAUUCCUACAGGUGUCUCUCUGCUCUUUUCUAUAUCUUCUACAUCAUUACACAUCUUUUGCUUAUUUAGUGCACAGAGCCUCUACUCUCUUUUUUGUGUGUUUGCCUGUGUCAGCGCUGCAUAAAUAACACAGAUAAGACUUACAAAAUAGCCUUUGUCAGAUCUUCAGGCUCUAGCGGACGCUUUGGUGUCUGCCUGUUUAUUUGUGUGAUAAAAUCACAAGCAAAACAGGGGAAAUGAAAGCCGUACAACCCUGACAAAAUGAUCUGUUGGUUUGAUGUGUCCAGUGGGCCUCACAAGAUCAACACGACACCCACAUACUCACAGGCUGCAGCUGAGCUAUGGCAGCCACACUUCAGUCUACAGCAACUUUACAAUGCUGCCAGUGUUCAUGGUUGGAGCCAUCGACAAGGUCCAAGUGGAGAACUGGCUGUGAGCGAAUAAUGUCUUUUUACAUUACAACAGAGAGAUACUUUCAUGUGUUGUGUGGAUACAGGUCAGCUCAGUUAUCUUAUCUGUGAAGUGACAUGGACUUAAAGUAGAUUGUUUCCAGCUCUGGCUGCUCAAACUCCUCUUAGUGCUCACCACUUUGUUCUUUGUCACAGUCCUCUAAUUGCAGUGGAAACCCAAUGACUACCACAUAUUGCUUUAUGUGUAUAGCACAAAAAGAGGAAGAAAACAGUGUGUUUGUCUUAAUAAACACAACAAACAUUUGUUAAAUGUCUAUACUGAAUGGACCUGCAAUACAUUCACUUAGACUGUAUUUUGGUUGUUUUUCAAAAUCCAGUUGUGGAAACUAAAGCCCAAUCAAUGUUUGUAUGGUUGUGUGAAUGCAAAUUGAACCACUUAGUUAAGGUUGGAAGAAAGUCAUGGUUUUGGUUUAAUGCUGAUAAAAAAAAAAAAAUAAAAAAAAAAAAUCAAACCUGGACCAUGUUUACCUUAAAGUCCUGUAAUAUAUCAACACUGGUCACCUCCCAUGACUGGAAGGGAGUGGGAAAAACACAUUGCCAGUAAUCAUAAUUCAUACAGCAAUUACAUGUCCUUGAAAACAUAUUUGGCAAAACCAAUUAGCAGGAGAUGAAUGUCAUCUAGCAGACAAGGUUAAUGUUUAAAAAAAAGACUUCAGCCAACUGUUUGGUCACCUGAGUGAGGAUCUGAGGAGCAUUUAGCUUCUUUAGACUGAGAAGUUGCAGGUUCAGCCUUGACAUGAGUGAAUAUCUUGUCCACCACCUGUGUGUACUGAGUGCAGCCUGAAGGCUCCUGUCUCUCUCAUGAACUUGUCCUCAACUGUCCUUGCUUUCUUAAGUGUAUUUCUUGAAGAAAGAAAUUUUAUUUAGAUUUUAUUUUUCAUCUACUCCUCAUUAAACUCUUUAUUCAUUAAACACAUAUUAUAACAAGAAAAUGACAACCAAGCAAGGACUUUUUUCUGGCCAGUUUUGAAUACUGUAGUUUUAUUAUAAUUACAGGACUGUAGCUACUACUGGGGACACAUGGGUCAUGUCUUCAGUAAUGUUUUAUGAAGUGAAGUUUCUACAGUACCACUGUUACAGAAAUAUUACACAUGUUGGGUUUUUAGGGCUGAUCCUGGUGGUUUUUACACUUAAUAUCUUGGCAGUUACAGGCAAACCAUAAUGUUGAACCCAGAUAUUCAGGACAUCACGAUGCAGGAAGGUAAUAUUUGUAGAAUAUGUAAUAGAGCAGUUAAAUGGAUAAAUAAAAUGUGAAAAUUUAAGAGUUCAGUAUUCUAGCUACUUAUCUAUGCCUUCCUCCAUGUGCUCUUAUAAACCCUCCAGGGUCCAUCUGUGUUACAGUGCAUGGCUCAGCAACAGGAAUUGAACAUAAGGAGCACAAUCACCACACAAUAGAUAGUUACAGGUUUUCUUUCUCCUCCCAAUCGCUUCUGCUGGAAAACUGAAUUGAUCAGCCUCUAAAGACAAUGGAGCGGAUGGCUCUGAGCCAGACAGGCUACAGCUCAGAUAAACCACAGCCAGCAGAGACAAGUUGUAACAGAGUGUGACGCAGGAGCAUCAUGCUGAAAAACAGGUAAACACAGGGUCCUAAAAUAACUAAAGAACUGAGUGAAAAUAUGUGGAAUUCUGACGGUAUUAACGGUGCUGUGGAGUGCAGUGUGGAGGCCAUCUGGGCUCAGUUCAUCUGUCAUCUUAUCAUCUGCCUUCAGCUCGCUGGUUCUGCCCUCCACUUGGCAGGGCUUCCUACUGCACAGCUGGCUUUACAAUCUCUCUCUCUGUCUCUCUCCUUCACUCACACUCUCAUGUGUUUGUACACUGCAGCAUGUGUGUGUGUGUGUGUGUGUAUUUGCAGGCAUAUUUGCAUGUGUGGUUGUUUAUCUGACUCAAGGUGUGUGUAAACCUAUGAUAUAUGGACCAUUUUGACAGGGAUUAUCAAAUUAUUACAGUUUCUUUACUGCAGUCUGCCAACAAUAUAAAGAUAUUUGACCCACUGACAAGACACUGGAGCAUCAUUUUACCAGAAAUUAUAGAGCAGAAUAUAUCCCAGUGUAUGUGAAUGCAGGUGUGUAUAUGUGUAGUAGUGUGUAUGUUGUUACACUAAGUUAUGAGGAGGACAAUGUUAAUCCCUGUGGACUGUAGAUGUGGAUUUUGUGAAAAACACUGGAAGUCUUUUUACCCUAUUUUUUUCUAAUGUGUUGGUAAUAUAUUAUUAUGGGAGGAUAUAUGUUAUUUUAUGUCAGAAUCAUACACUAAGAUUACAUGUCAUGUAUCAGAAAAUAUCUAUUUUUUGAGAAUAUUUAUUGUGGCUGGUUCCUUGUGUGUCAUAAAUUAUGAAUUUCAAGUCUGAAAAAUAAAACUUUAAACUUUC